AUGCCUAAACAAAAAACUAAUCAAGGACCUUGUUCUAUUUACAACUAUAACAAAGAAUCUAUAAGAUUUAAAAGUUUAACCGAUAAUGCUUUUGCAAAAAAUAAUUUAAGAAAAAAUUAUCAAAAUAAUAUUAGUUUGGAUAAUAUUAGUUUAGAUAAUAUUAUUGAAAAUAAUAAUCCUGUUG